AUGGGGAAGGAGGCAGCAGCAGCGGAGUCGUCGUCGACGGUGGUGCUGGCCGUGAACGGCAAACGGUACGAGGCGGCCGGCGUGGACCCGUCGACGUCGCUGCUGGAGUUCCUGCGCACCCAGAUGCCCGUCAGAGGCCCCAAGCUCGGCUGCGGCGAAGGUGGCUGCGGUGCAUGCGUGGUCCUCAUCUCCAAGUACGACCCGGCCACCGACGAGGUGACUGAGUUCUCCGCUAGCUCCUGCCUGACGCUGCUCCACAGCGUGGACCGUUGCUCGGUGAUCACCAGUGAGGGAAUCGGCAACACCAAGGAUGGUUACCACCCCGUGCAGAAGCGCCUGGCUGGCUUCCACGCCUCUCAGUGUGGCUUCUGCACGCCCGGCAUGUGCAUGUCCAUCUUCUCCGCUCUCGUUAAGGCCGACAAGACGGCCGGCUGCCCUAACCCACAAGCAGGCUUCUCCAAGCUAACCACCAAAGAGGCUGAGAAGGCUGUCUCAGGCAACCUUUGCCGCUGCACCGGUUACAGGCCCAUCGUCGACGCCUGCAAAAGCUUUGCCUCUGAUGUUGACCUCGAGGACCUGGGCCUCAACUGCUUCUGGAAGAAGGGUGACGAACCGGCAGAAGUCAGCAAGCUGCCCGGCUACAACAGUGGCGCCAUCUGCACCUUUCCAGAGUUCCUCAAAUCUGAGAUCAAGUCCACUCUGAAGCAGGCGAAUGGUGUUCCAGUUGCAGUCUCCGAUGACGGCUGGUACCAUCCUAAGAGCAUUGAAGAGCUCCACAGGUUGUUUGAUUCCAACUGGUUUCAUGAAAAUUCUGUGAAGAUUGUGGCUUCAAACACUGGGUCUGGAGUGUACAAGGAUCAGGACCUCUAUGACAAGUACAUUGACAUCAAAGGAAUCCCAGAGCUUUCAGUCAUCAAUAGAAGCAGCAAAGGAAUUGAGCUUGGAUCAGUUGUGUCCAUCUCUAAAGCUAUUGAGGUGCUGUUAGAUGGAAGUUUGGUCUUCACAAAGAUUGCUGAUCACCUAAACAAAGUGGCUUCACCGUUUGUUCGGAACACUGCAACCAUAGGUGGAAACAUAAUCAUGGCACAAAGGUUGCCAUUCGCAUCAGACAUUGCAACUGUACUACUAGCAGCAGGUUCGACAGUCACAAUCCAGGUGGCUUCAAAAAGGCUGUGCUUCACUCUGGAGGAGUUCUUGCAGCAGCCUCCAUGUGAUUAUAGAACCCUGCUGCUGAGCAUAUUUAUUCCGGACUGGGGUUCAGAUGAUGUCACCUAUGAGACUUUCCGAGCAGCACCUCGUCCACUUGGCAAUGCUGUCUCAUAUGUCAAUUCAGCUUUCUUGGCAAGGACUUCAGCAGAUGCAGCAUCAAGGGACCAUCUGAUUGAGGAUAUAUGUUUGGCAUUCGGUGCGUAUGGAGCUGAUCAUGCUAUUAGAGCUAGGAAGGUUGAGGAUUACCUGAAGGGCAAAACAGUGAGCUCAUCUGUUAUACUUGAGGCUGUUCGGCUGCUUAAAGGGAUUGUUAAACCAUCAGAAGGCACAACACAUCCUGAGUAUAGAAUCAGCUUGGCUGUCAGUUUCUUGUUUAGCUUCCUAUCCUCCCUUGCCAACAGCUUGAAUGAAUCUGCAAGGGUUAAUGAUCCCAAUGGUUCAUAUAGUAAUGUAGACACAAAUGGUGCCAUUGAGCACUCACCGGAGAAGCAUCUUAAGUUCGACAGCAAUGAUUUGCCAAUACGAUCAAGACAAGAAAUAUUUUUCACUGAUGAAUACAAGCCAGUUGGCAAACCAAUUAAGAAAGCCGGGGCAGAGAUACAAGCUUCAGGGGAAGCUGUGUACGUUGAUGAUAUCCCUGCUCCCAAAGAUUGCCUCUAUGGAGCAUUUAUCUAUAGCACACACCCUCAUGCCCAUGUAAAGGCUAUCAACUUUAAGCCAUCUUUGGCUUCGCAGAAGGUCAUCACAGUUAUCACUGCAAAGGAUAUUCCCAGCGGUGGACAAAAUGUUGGUUACAGCUUCCCGAUGUUGGGAGAAGAAGCACUUUUUGCAGAUCCAGUUGCUGAAUUUGCUGGUCAAAAUAUCGGUGUCGUGAUUGCUCAAACACAGAAGUAUGCCUACAUGGCGGCAAAGCAAGCCGUCAUUGAGUAUAGCACAGAAAAUCUACAGCCACCAAUUCUGACAAUAGAAGAUGCAAUCCAACGAAGCAGCUACUUCCAAACCCUGCCGUUUUUUGCUCCAAAGCCAGUUGGUGAUUACAACCAAGGGAUGUCCGAAGCUGAUCACAAGAUUUUAUCAGCAGAGGUAAAAAUUGAAUCCCAAUACUAUUUCUACAUGGAGACACAAGUGGCGCUAGCUAUUCCUGAUGAAGAUAACUGCAUAACCAUCUAUUCUUCAACACAAAUUCCCGAGGCCACACAAAAUGUGGUUGCAAAGUGCCUUGGCCUUCCAUUUCACAAUGUCCGCCUCAUCACCAGAAGGGUCGGAGGAGGCUUUGGUGGAAAGUGUUUGAAAGGAAUGCAUGUUGCAUGUGCAUGUGCGGUUGCUGCAUUCAAGCUACGGCGUCCAGUUCGGAUGUACCUCGAUCGCAAGACAGACAUGAUAAUGGCGGGCGGUCGGCAUCCUAUGAAGGUGAAGUACUCCGUUGGGUUCAAGUCAGAUGGCAAGAUCACAGCCUUGCACCUUGAUCUUGGGAUCAAUGCUGGAAUAUCUCCGGAUAUGAGUCCAAUCAUCGCAGCACCUAUUAUAGGUUCUCUCAAAAAGUACAACUGGGGCAAUCUUGCAUUUGACACCAAGGUCUGCAAGACAAAUGUUUCAUCAAAAUCGUCAGUGAGGGCUCCUGGAGAUGCGCAGGGCUCUUUCAUCGCUGAAGCCAUUAUUGAGCAUGUUGCCUCAGCACUUUCAGUUGACACUAACACCAUAAGGAGGAAGAACCUUCAUGACUUCGAGAGCCUUGUGGUGUUCUUCGGAGAUAGUGCAGGUGAAGCUUCUACAUACAGCCUUGUCACCAUGUUCGAUAAGUUGGCCUCCUCUCCAGAAUACCAGCACCGAGCUGCAAUGGUGGAGCACUUCAACAGAAGCAACAAGUGGAAGAAGCGUGGCAUUUCUUGUGUGCCAGUUACAUAUGAGGUGCGGCUUAAGCCAGCUCCAGGCAAGGUGUCUAUCAUGAAUGAUGGUUCCAUUGCUGUUGAGAUCGGAGGGGUUGAGAUAGGCCAAGGGUUGUGGACAAAAGUGAAGCAGAUGACGGCAUUCGGAUUGGGACAGUUGUGUCCUGACGGUGGCGAAAGCCUCCUGGACAAGGUGCGGGUCAUCCAGGCCGACACAUUAAGCAUGAUCCAGGGAGGGGUCACCGGUGGGAGCACCACUUCUGAAACUAGCUGUGAAGCAGUUCGACAGUCGUGUGUUGCGCUCGUCGAGAGGCUGAAGCCAAUCAAGGAGAAUCUGGAGGCUAAGGCUGGCACUGUGGAAUGGAGUGCCUUGAUUGCUCAGGCAAGUAUGGCGAGUGUGAACUUGUCGGCGCAUGCAUACUGGACCCCUGAUCCAACUUUCACAAGCUAUUUGAAUUAUGGAGCUGGCGUUAGCGAGGUGGAAAUUGAUGUCCUGACAGGAGCAACAACAAUUCUAAGGAGUGACCUUGUCUACGAUUGCGGGCAAAGCUUGAACCCUGCUGUCGAUUUGGGCCAGGUGGAAGGUGCGUUCAUCCAAGGAGUAGGCUUCUUCACAAACGAGGAGUACACAACCAACUCUGAUGGGUUGGUCAUCCACGAUGGCACAUGGACGUACAAGAUCCCCACCGUCGACACCAUCCCAAAGCAGUUCAACGUUGAGCUAAUCAAGAGCGCCCAUGACCAGAAGCGCGUCCUCUCUUCCAAAGCAUCGGGCGAGCCGCCGCUUCUUCUAGCUUCCUCGGUGCACUGUGCAAUGAGGGAGGCCAUCAGGGCUGCUAGGAAGGAAUUCUCGGUCUGCACUGGUCCAGCGAACUCCCCCAUCACGUUCCAGAUGGACGUGCCGGCGACGAUGCCUGUCGUCAAGGAACUCUGCGGCCUGGAUGUCGUGGAGAGGUACCUGGAGAGCGUGUCAGCUGCCAGCCCAACAAACACCGCUAAAGCAUAG